AUGCCACCGAAACAUCCAUUUAUGGACUGUAAGUCUCGUAAACUAAGAAAGAAGAGAAUACCAACCACCACCAAAUCAAAAGAGAAACUAUUUUGUCCCAGAACUAUGGCAAGAUAUGAUGGAUUGCACGGUGAUUAUCUUACUAAAUGGGUAUACAAGAUGUGUUUGAACAUUUUACUAAGCCAAGAAGCUGUUACAAACCAUUUGGCUAAUUGCAGUGGACAAACUAGACAACCUAGCCAAGCUCCACCUAAUAAUGAAGAUACUCAUUACAUAUGCAAGUAUUGCGACAAGGUAUUUUCAAGGGGUGUUAAGCUAAAAAAGCAUUUGGAACAACAUGAAAAAUCAUCAAGCCGUCUUGACUCAGAACUAUCUGACAUCGAAGUUGAAGAUCGUCCUAUAAAAACAGAAAAUGCAAGUGAAGAUAACUACCAACCUGAGGAUUAAAAUCCAUGCAUUAACAUUGAUUUGAUUUAAUUUUAUUGUAUUCGUAUUAUUUUUGAUUUUGUGAUGGAUAUUAUUUUAUUUUGACAAUUCCUUACAGCUUACAAUUCGUUGGCUUGGAAAUAAAGAGUUC